CUCUCUCUCUCUCUCUCUCUCUCUGGCGUGUGUAUGUGUAGGGAUACGUUUUUCGCGUUUGUUUUAAUCUUUUUCUUUUUUCAAUUAGUCUCAAUAUACCACCACUGUUUCUGCAGAAUCAGCAAAAAACGAAGCUCAAGAGCCAACCUCAGCACAACAGUCACCGCAGCCAACCUGUUUGACAACGUCUUCUGCACCAACCACCCUUCCGCAGCCUCAAAUAUGGCAUAAGACCUCAUUAGCACAACAACCAUCGCCCAAUCCAUCACAGCACGUUGACCCGUCAAAUCAAGACCCAGCCAUGUCCGAAGAACAGAAUCGUGUAGAUACAACUGCAGCAGCAGCACUGUCAAAGCAACAGAAACAGCAACCAUCACCCUCGCAAUUAGCUCCAGCACCCACAAAGGCGAAAGGACAUAGCAACCGCAAGCAGCCGCAACAGCUACGACCGAACAGGGCUGCUAACACACGAGACCAGGAUAAUACUACUAAUAACAACAACAAUAACAAUGAUGAUGAUAGCAGUGGAACGGGUACAGAAACGCCUGCACCAAGCUCGCCAACAUCGAUGGAAAAACCCUCGGUAGGGUCCGAAGAGUGGCAUCGACUGCGCCGUGAGAACCAUAAACAGGUGGAACGUCGACGUCGAGAAACGAUCAAUGAAGGAAUCAAUGAGAUUGCAAAGAUGAUACCGGGUAACGAGAAGAACAAGGGGCAGAUCUUGCAUCGAGCUGCAGAGCAUAUCCAGACACUCAAAGAUCAACACGCCGCGGCUCUUGAGAAAUGGACUUUGGAGAAGCUGUUGACUGACCAAGCGAUGGACGAAAUGAGUCGACAAGUGGAUGGAUUGAACGCCGAGCUGGAUCAAACACGAAAAGAGAACGACGAGCUCAAGCGACGUCUGGGGAUAUAUAAUGAUAGUGAAGAUGCUAAUGCGGAUAGCAGGGCAGCUAAGCGAAUGAAGGCUCAGGUUAUCCCAAAGUCCAAUUAACCCUUUUUUUCCCGCUCUUCUUCUUGACACACUCUUGAAUGUUUCUGUCUUGGUAUAGUAGUAUAUGCAUACCCAGCCAUCCACCUGCUCUUCCUCUCACCCCCCCCCAAAUACUCAACAAAUUGAAAAUAUUCAGUUCAUUCAGUUCUUUUCUAUUUUUAUUCCACACCCACACAAAGCAAUAAGAGAAAAAAUAUGUAUUUUAUUGACAAACAAAGAAUGGAAGUGGAAGGAACGGAAACAUUUGCAAAAAGACGGUUUUUUA